CAUUAGUACAUCUGCUAAUAAGAAGCAAAAAGAAAUUGAGCGUUUGGGCGCAGAUUCUUUCUUGAUCAGUCGCAAUCCUGAGCAGAUGAAGGCUGCAAUGAACACAUUGGAUGGGAUUAUCGACACUGUUUUGGCGGUGCACCCUAUUCUUCCAUUGCUUAUGUUGAUGAAUUCUCAUGGUAAGCUUGUUAUGGUUGGUGCACCAGAAAAACCGGUGGAGUUGCCUGUGUUUCCUCUACUUAUGGGAAGGAAGCUAGUGGCUGGAAGUUGCAUAGGAGAGAUGAAAGAGACUCAAGAAAUGCUGGAUUUCGCGGCAAAGCAUAACAUAACACCAGAUAUUGAAGUUGUGCCAAUGGACUAUGUGAACACAGCGUUGGAACGUCUUCUGAAAUCGGAUGUGAAAUAUCUUUUUGUGCUCGACAUUGGCAAUACAUUGAACAAGAAAUGAGGAUAGGGAGGGGUUC